GUCAGUAAAUGAUGACAUUUUUAUUUUUGAGUGAACUAUCCCUUUAAGAAAUGUAAACCAUGUUAAUUUAAUUAAAUAGGGUGUGUUUGACUUUGAGGAGAUUUAUAAACUCUGAAAUAGUGGCCUCCUUCCAGUCUGUUUCUGGGAUAUUUGUUUCUAUGACAACGACAGUGAGAAAUGUCAGCAGGUAGAUGACUCACAACAGACAAACAAAACGCGAAGAGCUGUUAAAUGACCAACAUUAAUUCACACAGAGCUGGCAUGUUUUACAGGAGGACAACUGAACAGAUCUGUUCAGCAAAAAAUGAGUUAAAUCUGACGUACACGGCAUUACUGCUUUGUGAACGUCGCGUGGUAUUUGACCCGGACGCGCGUCAGACGCUUUGAUUUAGCGACGCUUUGAUGAUGACGCGGGCCGCGGCGUGAUUCCCGAGUCCCCGGCAGCUUAUUUGGGAAGCAACCGGGUUUCGGUGCGGUUGGCUGAAAUCAGCAGCCCACACGGCUGUCAUUACAUCACCUCCCGGGCUAAAGCGUUACGGUUAGUUAUUUACUAGGAACGAACGCGAUUGACCGAAGCGCAUUUUAAAGGCCUGACACAACAAUGUCCGUAGGCUCCGGGUUUAACGGAAUCACGGGGUUUUUAACGAGAGGAUAAAGAGUAGAAGGGAAGAAGGCGCGUGACUGUCUCGCGCUCAUUGUGCUUUCGUUGAUGAUGUGAGGCGGGAUGCCAUGGCAGCGGCGGAUGUAGCAGCUAACGGUCCGGAGCCGCCCGGUCCAACGGCGUUUCCCUACGAGGAGUACGAGUGCAAAAUCUGCUACAACUAUUUCGACCUCGACCGUCGGGCGCCCAAAAUCUUGGAGUGCCUGCACACCUUCUGCGAGGAGUGCCUGCACGCGCUGCACUUGCGCGAGGAGCGGCCGUGGCGCAUCAGCUGCCCCGUUUGCCGCCACCGGACGCCAGUGCCGGACUAUCGGAUACAGAACCUGCCCAACAACACCAAGGUCACAGAGGACUUCCCUCUUUAUAUCGACUCGGACCCUUUGCCCCAAGAUGCGCUACCGCCCCACCCGCCUCCCCUGCACCCGGCGCUCGUUGCACUCCGACGCGAGGACGACGCGUCCAGAGCGUCCGUCGCGGGUCAAGCGACGUCGUCCACCACGACGGUGUCCACCGCGACAACGCUCUCUCAAGAAUCCAUUUCGCGCUAUGAGAGCUGCCACAACUGCAGGCGGCUCGCGCUGACCACCGGAUGCGUGUGCGUCAUCUUCUCCUUCCUAUCCAUGCUCGUGCUCUUAUUCAUGGGCCUGAUCUUCGUGCACAGCCACGGCGGACCGCCCUCCCCUGCGGGACCGCUCUGCCUGUCUGUCGCGAGCAUCCUGGCUAUGGUCUCUGUGGUGGUUACGUGGCUCCUCUGCUGGCUCAAAUACAGACCGGAGCACGAGUCCGGCCGCGCAUCGGCCACUGCUAACGCGAGCAGGAGAAACGCGUGACACAAAUAGUUAUUGUUCACCUGUGUGUUACUGUAGUGAUAUGGGUUUAUCAAUGGCUGAUCACAACAUCGAUGUCUAAUGCUGUACAGUGCAGAUAAACAAUGGCUCCAAAAAGAAUCAGAUUACAAGAAUUUGUAUUACAUUUGGAUAAAAUCAAUGCAAGCACUUUACAGGCAAAAUAGUGCACAAUUAAGGAAGUGCUUUAGAUUUCAAAUAUUAAAACAUAGGCUAUAGGAAACGGUAUUAGACAUUUUGUAAAAUUUUAGUCGAUCAUAUCCAUAGUUAAUGUGGUACUCUGCUAAGCAACCUGUGUGAACCUAAAAUGAACUUAGUCGAUAAAUUCUUACAUUUUACGGUUCACAUAUUUUGGGGGACACUGUAUGGACAAGGUUUGAAAGUGUGGGACCACAAGUGCUCCUAAUGCCUUUCUUUUACAUUCCUUUUCUUUACGAAUUAUAUUAUCAGUUACAAAGUUUAUUUAUUUCUAUUAUUUAUCUGCUUUAAUGAUGGCAUGUGCUUUACAUAUCUUAAGUUUAUAUUAUUGCCUUUCUAUUCCAUAAUAUUGUCUCGCUAAGACAAAUUUGUAAGUCGCUUUUCGUCUGCUAAAUUUAAUAUCAGAAAAAAGGUCCAAAAAUGGUCACUAUCCCAGUAGGCAUAUGACCGACCUUCAACGUUGAAAUUUGGUUGAAAUAAGGUCAGUUGUUUGUUCAAUGUUGAAACAACGGUGAAUGGUAAACGGUUGCAAAAGGUUAUAAAAGUGCUUAAAAUCAACGUUAAAAUUUGAUUGAAAUAAGGUCAGUUGUUUGUUCAAUGUUGAAACAACAUUGGAACAACAUUGAAACAAUGGUGAAUGGUAAACGGUUGCAAAAGGUUAAUAAAAUGCUUCAAAUCAAUGUUGAAAUUUAAUUGAAAUGAUGUCAGUUGUUGUUCAACGUUGAAUAAAUUUGCAAAAUCAAAAGGUAAUUCAACGUUGAUUCAACAUUGUCCUUGAUGUUGAUUCAACAGUGAAUCAACGUCACUGGGGUGGCACCUUUUAAAAUCACACCUUUGCACAUAUAAAGAGUAUAUUAUUAGUACCUCAAAGGAACAUAUUGGUACCAAAUAUACAUGUACCUACAUUUUUUUGUGUGUGGUCUCAGACUUUUGGAAGCUAUUAGCAAAUGAGGCCUAUGCAAAAUUCUUUAACUGAAAUGAAACCGUAAUUUACUUAGAAAGCAUGCAUGUUUUGAGGCUGAUAAUCUCCAAAUUAAGGCUAACGAAUCAGUCUGCCACCUCACGCUGUAUUACAUGCCAUCCGGCCUAUGAAAGAAAGGCACAUUUGUUCAUAUGGAGCAAUAGCUUUACUAUGAAAUGGUGAUUUUAUACCACCUCCUUUGUUCUCCGCUUCACCUAUGCAUCUGUCACGGUGAAACCGUGUCAUCUGACAAUCUCUAUUUGCUGUCGUAUUUGUGUGCAUUGCACAAUAGUGCUCAUUUUAUCGUUGAUCAUUUUUUGUAUGACACAAACACGUGAAGCACCCUAGCCAUGUACUUAGUUUAGAAAAAACAACCUGCAUGAUGAAAACUAGAUAUUAUGUUGGUAAAGACGGUAGAGACCGUCCUUGCCUGACAGCCAAUUCACUCAGUACGUGCUGUUUUUCAUCGAGCAGUGACUAAUCUGGUAUUAUGGGUAUUUCAUAUGCUGAUCUGUCAAGUGCCCGUGAAACUGGAAACAGUGUUGGUGGAGAGCUCCACAGAUACUGAAACAGAUCUCUGUGUAAGAUUUAUUAGGAAGGAAUUGCACAGAGGUGAAGCAAGGAGAAACGUGAUACCUGAGAAGCAGUUCGAGUUUUGCAGUGCCCUCGCUCUGACAGGAUGCAGCGGUAGAAAUCAAUGAUAAAGACUCACACGCUUGGAAUACAGCCAAGUCGUGCCGUUCAGUGUUUCCCAUUAGUCAUUUGUCCUGGUAAUCCACAACUGAUAUAUUCAUGAAACCAAACGUGGCUUGUUAACUUGGGUUUUGGAGAGUGCAAUCACACAUUCAUAGCCAGCUGUGUCUGUAUCUGGGAUGGAUAUUGAAUAUAUCUUUCAGAUGAUCUUGGACUUGGUUUUGUUACAAUGAUUGCAUAUUUCCUUUUAAUAGAAGUCAUUCUUUUGAGAAUGGUAACCAAACUUGAUCCUUGUCUCUUAAAGGAAAAGUUCACCUAGACAUUUAAAUUCUGAUGAUAUUUCCUCCCAUCAAUCUGAAAAUUUGAAAUUUGUAUAAAUAUUUGCAUGGCUUUAUCCAUUCAAUUCAUAAACACCAAAAUAGCAGCAUGCGGGUUUUGAAAUGACAUCGUGUAGAUAUCAAAAUUUACAUUUUUGGGUGAACUGUUCUUUAAAAUUAGCUCUUAUGUGCCUUUCUUUUUUAUUUAUUCAUUUAUUUAUGGAGGGAAAAGACGAUUUUAAUAGUUGAAAACAAUUGAAUUUUAUAUAGGCUUACUGUUUGAUAUUUGAAGCUGUUUAUUGUUGUAGGCAAAUGUGAUGGAUUAACUCAAUUCUGCCCCCUGUCGGUGGAGCUUUGUAGUGCAAUCAUUUGUGUGUUGUGUUGAGUAUUGCUUACAUUUUUGUAAGGAAGGUUUACAAACUGAAUCUGGACUUGGGGGUAUUUGAAUAAUUGCAAUGGGUACUUAGACGUCCCUGUGUGUUUAUAAUGGUUGAAAGUGUUUGAUGCUGUUAUUGGUCAGACUAAAUGUGCUGUACAAAGCAGCAUAUAUACAGGAAGUACAGUAGUAUAGUGCACUAGUGUUGUGUAGUCACCAGCUUUACAGCUUCUCCUGCCAGAGUAGACAAUAUCUCAUGAUUUUACUCUAUACCAGGAAUUAAGUUUACUGCCAUGUUUAAUUCUUGCUUAAAACGCUACACCAGUAUGCAUUUAUGCUGGUUUAUGUUAGCUCUGGUUUGUUGAUGGUCUAGCUGGAAAAUAGUAGCUGUGCUGUUCACCAGCCAAAAAAGCUGGUCUCGACUUCUGUUCUGAUUCACAUACUUAAUAGAUCAGAGCACGGAAAAACUUGAGGUAAACCCAAAACAUUAAAUCAUUAAGGACCAAACCAUAAAUAAUGGAACGGAUUUUGUUUCUGUUCUAAUGGAAUAACAAACAUUCAUAAUAUACACAAUCAAUAUAAAAGUUUUCAUGCUGCUCUUUAUGACUUCCCCACUUUCUCAUGGAAACGCUGUUGUCUGGAUUAUCUGGCAUGAUGUACGCUUUUCACAUGUCAGUUUUUCUCACACUGUACACCACCCAGUGACUUUCUGGGAUGUGAUAUACUUCCCUUAGUGCACUCCUCUUAGUAACACUCCUUAGGGUCAUGGGCUUUAUAAAUAGCCCUUAUAUACUCUGCUGUAAUAGGUUUAGUCUAGAGGUAAAAACUGUGUCUUUUUACUAUAAUGGCUCAAUAAUUGUUGUGAAACCUGUUUGAAGUGUAUUUGCACAUUAAAAUUGUUGUUUACAAAACACACAUUUUGGUUGGCUAAUAAAUGAUUUAAAAAAUAAAGUCGUUGUUG